AGAACAACGACCAAAGCAUCCAAGAGAUUUGACUUUAUCACAGUUAAAAACCGUAAAAGACGAAUUAUGCAUAUCGAAACUGACUUGAUCAGUUACGUCAAUAAAAGGAGUUGGUCCAUCGGUUCAUCUGAGUCUUGAUCCGGCAUUGUUACCAGGUUGUUUAGAGAAGAAUGCUCAUCCACCAUGUUGAGCAUUUGGUUAUGUUGUUGGUUACAGAUGGUCCUUCAAAGGCUGUACAGACUUCGGUUUGGGAUUCUCAGAGAUCGGUUAAUGUCGAUGAAUUCGACCAAGUUGAAGGCGAAGAAGUUGCCCGUGGUGGUCGUGGACAGUCUUCAAGUGAUCGUCGUGGUGGUGGGGGAUCAGCUCGAUUUGGCGUUUCACGACACUCUGACUUCCGAGUUAUCGUUCGUGGACUCCCAUCAUCUGCUUCAUGGCAAGAUUUGAAGAAUCAUAUGCGGAAAGCUGGUGAUGUGUGCUAUGCUGAGGUCACUCGAAACAGUGAUGGAACUUAUGGUGUUGUUGACUACACCAACUAUGAUGACAUGAAGUAUGCUAUAAGGAAACUUGAUGACACAGAGUUCAGAAACCCCUGGGCUAGAGCUUUUAUCCGGAUCGAUGACAACUUUGUUAUGUUUGAUUGCAUACCCGGUAGUAAUGAUAAUUUGAUCUUCGGAGGAUCCCUAAUCUUUUCUGAGACGCUGGAUAGUAUUAUGACUAUCUGUAAUUACGAUUUGAAGGGCGACUACAAGGCGAUCCAUUCCAUGCUCAACAAUAGAAUGUGGAUGGUUCAUGACCAAGUCAAUUGUACAAGGUUGACUUACGGAUGUGAGAAAAUUGGAAAACCACCUCCCAUUCCCAAAUCUAUAAUUGAUACAUCUCUCUUCACGUCGUCCAAAACGAAGCUGGGCCGAGCUGCUGUAAUGUUCGGUUUGGGUAUGCAAAAACAACAAUAUGGGAUGAUCACUUUGGCUCACAAAGAGAACCUUUCUGCUAUCUUGACAUGUACAGGGAUCAUGUCAAAGUUGGAUGUGCCAAUGGAGACUUUAAAUGGUACAGUCCAUCCUAUGAUUUAUUAUCUCAUGCAAUAUAACGAUCAGAUGAAGGAUGAGGUCAGAGCCCGCUAUUUUAACGAGGCUGAGUAUCCAUCAUUCAACAAGAUUGACGAUCUACCAAUAAUGCUGUUGGCGGACGAUGUGCUAAAGAACCGCAAGGCUGAGCUCAAGAAACUCUACUCUGAGAUAGAGAAAGAAAAGGAGGAUGAGCGCAUAUCCUUGGUCUAUUACAAGUACGAGGAGAUUGAGGGCUUGUACACGUACAAGGGGGAUAAGCUAAAGGAACACGAGACUCGUAAGGAGGAUGAGCUAAAGAAACACCAGACUCAUAAGAAGGAUGAUGAUGAUGAUGUUGAGGAUGAGGAUUCUGACAAUUGCGACGAGUGUGCACGUACAAGGGGGGGAUAAAGGACCAAGACCAGGAUGAUGAGGAUGACUAAGUACGCGUGGUUGCUUCAUUGAUCAUCUUCUAUGGAUUCCAUGUUUGUUAGUGUUUUAAACACAAGCUUUUCGCAGACUUUCUAUGUGUGUGUGUGGACCUUUUGUUUUCUAUCCAACUUAAACCUUUUAAGAAAAGUUUGAAAUCAAG